AUGGACUUUACUCAGGAGGAUGGGCUGGACGCGCUCCACGCUCGUCGCGUCGAGCAGUCGCUGGCAGAACUACAGGCAACAGUCAGGGAGCACGAGUUAGCCUUGAGCAAGCUGCGCGCAUCAGCGUCCAAUGGACCAAAUCAUGGCAACCGUCCAGAGGCCCCUUUGCAAAUGGUAAAGGCGGCCUAUGAUGAGCUUGCAGCUCAGACGGCCUUUCUGCCUUUCCCCGAGUCCGUCUUGCCGGCUCUUAUUGCACUGCGCAAGACCCAUCAGACCGUCGAGGAUACAAAGGCCUACCUUGAGUUCCACGGGGAAGAAGUAGAGAAGGCAAAGAAGCGGCUGCAAGCUGAGCAGUCAGCCUUACGGGAUCAGCAGGUGCUCUCACAAAGUUUACACAAUCGCAUCCGGUCUCUACGCGACGGAGCGGAGAGUCGCAUGGAUAUGGGCCCCGACGACAUUGCACAAGAGCGCAUUACCGAGCUGAAGCAGAGGAAGAAGAAAUACACUAGGGAGACUUCGACCCUGCUCAAAGCAUUGAAGAAGUUCAUUGACGAGCAUCUUGCAGCAUCGUUGGCUGCAGAGGACUUGGGCGGUCCUGUAGUUGGUGACAUGAUGGACCUCGAUGACGAAGAUUUGGCUGCCGGCUUCAGUUCUCAGGGUCGACUGAAAAAGCCCAAGGCAAAUCAGGAUCAAGAUAAGCGGCAACGGCGUAUCGAUGAGAUUUGGGGCCAGAGCCAGGAACCGGUAGCGCAGUCCGAAGCAGAAGAUCGAAAAGAGGCUGCCGCCGCGGGCGCGGAGAUGCGAGACUUGACAGAGGCAUUGCUCAACAAGCUUGUCGAGUCGGAAGGCGACAGCUCAGCAGCUUACAUUAUACUGCACAAAGAAACAGCAGCGGCACGUUUUUUGGUCAGGUCAAAAGUCGCACAGUUUCAUCCUAGAGAUUCGACCAAACUACGGCUCAUCGACUUUGGCCGAGAGUUGGAUGAUUAA